UAGUUUCAUAGCUACAGUACAUACACAUUCCUUUCCUGAUUGGUACAUGUAGCUUCGUCUGCUCUCCAGAAAAAUGGCCUCAGACUUGCUGAAACAAAACCAACUGCGUUGGGAUUUGAGCCCAGAAGAUAUCAAGAAAAGGGCUGAUGAUUUGAUAAAGGAGACCAAGGCUGUUUAUGAUGCAGUUGGAGGUUUAGAGAAGGAUAAAGUAACCUACGAAAACACCGUCUUGGCAUUGGCUAAUAAUGAUCGUGAGUACAGCGUCCUUCGUAACAUGCUGGAUUUCCCUCAGCAUACGGCGCCUGACAAGGCCUUGAGGGAAGCCAGCACAGAGGCUGACAAGAAACUCUCUGAUUUCGACGUAGAGAUGAGUAUGAGACAGGAUGUCUUUGACAACCUUGUGGCUUUCCAAGAGAAGACAGACCUGAGUAAGCUGAAGCCUGAAGCUAAGCGAUACCUGGAGAAGCUGAUUAAGCUAGGAAGACGAAAUGGUUUGCAUCUACCCAAGGAUGUCCAAGACAAGGUCAAGGCUCUGAAGAAGAGAGCCAGCGAUAUAGCCAUCGACUUCAAUAAGAACCUGAAUGAUGAGAACACUAUCUUGGAAUUCACUGAAGAGGAACUCGUUGGUCUCCCUGAAGACUAUAUCAAGAGAUUAGAAAAGACAGCUGAUGGAAAGUGCAAGGUAUCGCUGAAGUAUCCUGAUUAUUUCCCUGCCAUGCGCAAAGGCCGUAACCCAGAGACCAGACGAAAACUGGAAUUUGCCUUCAACUCGAGAUGCAAAAAUGAAAACACUAAGAUCAUGGAAGAAUUGGUUGAGAUACGUCAAAAGCUUGCAGACUUGUUGGGCUACCCGACCCAUGCUGCCUACAUUCUAGAGCUACGUAUGGCCAAGACACCAGAGACGGUCGCCAGUUUUCUCAAGGAAUUAGCAGGGAAGCUACGAGUUCUUCAGGAGGCUGAACUGAAGACAUUCCUGAGUUACAAAAAAGAAGAGUGUGAGAAGUACGGCUAUCCCUUCAACAACACCAUUGACUUGUGGGAUAUGCGAUACUACAUGAACAUGGCCGAGGAACGUCAGUAUUCCAUCGAUCAUAACAAACUCAAGGAGUAUUUCCCUCUGGAGGUGGUGACCAAGGGCCUGCUGGAGAUAUACCAGGAGCUCCUAGGAUUGAAGUUUGAAGAGAUUCCCAAAGCACCUGUCUGGAAUGAUGACGUCACAAUGUUUAGUGUGACAGACAAGGAAUCUGGUGACUUCAUGGGUUUCUUCUACCUAGAUCUCUUCCCACGAGAGGGCAAGUUUGGUCAUGCUGCCUGCUUUGGUCUACAGCCUGGUUGCCUAGCAGCUGAUGGGUCACGUCAGGUUGCCAUAGCAGCCAUGGUGGCUAAUUUCACUAAGCCGACCGCUGACUCGCCAUCGCUACUCACCCAUGACGAAGUGGAGACAUUCUUCCAUGAGUUUGGCCAUGUCAUGCAUGAUAUUCUGGGUCAGACUGACUUUUGUUACUUCAGCGGUACCCGAGUGGAGCGUGACUUUGUAGAAGCCCCCUCACAGAUGUUGGAGAACUGGUGUUGGCAGGCUGAGUCGCUGCGUCGCAUGUCGGGCCAUCACAAGGAUGGAACGGCCAUCCCUGACGAGAUGAUAGACAAACUGGUCAAGGCACGCAACGCCAAUGCUGGGGUCUUCAAUCUACGACAGAUUCUACUGGGGACAUUCGACCAGAGUAUACACACUAGUGCCAAGGCCGACACAUGGGCGAUUUAUUCUAAACUGUCAGAAGAGAUCCUUGGGAUACCGGCCACGCCGGGUACCAGCAAGGUUGCCUCAUUUGGUCAUUUGUCGGACGGUUAUGAUGCACAGUACUAUGGGUAUCUGUGGAGUGAGGUGUACUGCAUGGACAUGUUCUACUCUCGUUUCAAGAAGGAAGGCAUCAUGGACCCCAAGGUGGGAGCUGACUACCGCAAGUACAUCCUGAAACCAGGAGGAUCAAUUGAUGCCAUGGACAUGCUGAAGAACUUUCUGGGCCGUGAACCCCAGCAGGAGGCUUUCCUUAUCAGCAAGGGUCUGAAAGUCUAACACCCACAGAUGGACAAGGCUGAAGUCUGGAAUACAGAAACACAAGCACAAAAGCUGCAGCUCUUCUUCAUGGAAACAUGAAAUCCUUCUUGUUAGAGAACUUUAGAGUCUUCUUAAAAAAACCCAACAGAUUUACUGACUUUAAGUGAAGGUAAAUAGUUGUCAGUUUAACGCUGUUCUAUUCAUUCAUACUGUGCAAUUUACAACACUCUAGGUGUAAUUCAAUUUAUGACGCCUCAUACAUAUUUAUGAGCUAAACGCGCUUCUUUCAUUGGUCGAUGUUCCAACGCGUCUCAGAAGUAAGAAAAGCCACCUCCCACACACCCACUCCCAACUGGUCGGGAGUACUAGGGAAGUAAUACCUUCUAGAUUAGCUCCUUAGACUCUCAACUGUGCACUGUUUGUGAUCACAAGUAACAUUGCUGGUGGUACCACACUAAACCAUCCAGACAAACAGAUGAUUAUUAAAAUGAUGCGUUCCGCUGGAGGGUUUUUCAACAGACUUUUGUCUAAUUUUGAUAAUGAAUCUAAAUAUGUACGAGGUAUAAUAAAACCAAUACAACAUGGUCUAUUUCGGGCAAGCAGUCCCACGGUGUUGGCGUAUUUUGACUAACUUCCUCCGCUUUGCUCCAGGAGAUAGUCAGAUCAGUCAACACCUCAGGACCAGUAUUUUACACUACAGUCGACUCUCGUUAAUAUAAACUCUGUUAAUACAAAAUUCUGGUUAUAACAAACAUAAAGCCUUGGUCCCGACUGUGCAUUUAUGUGCACAAUGAAUGGGACUGAUCUGUUCCUCUUAAUACAAACUUCAUAUAACAAACAAUUUAGCUAGGUCCGAACGGGUUUGUUAUAACAAGAGUCGACUGUACGUCCCCUCAUGCCAUGUUGUAUUGAUAUAAAACUGUCUGAACUCUCACCAUUCCUUAUGCUUAUCAGAUGCUAUUUUGAACUUUGUCACAAUUGUCGUUCUGUGAAGAGAGCAAUUAUGUUUUAAAGUAUUAAAGUUACAGUUCUGGCUGAAACACAGGUAGUGUAUUUUCAGUUUUAAUGUUCAUUAAUAUUAAUACGUCCUCUUGUAACCUAGUUGAUUUUGUUCUCUGAGGUGUAAAAACUUUACUUGUUUCAUGUUCAGCUCUGUGACAAGACUGGCCUCACAACAUUGAGCAAUGUACUCAAAGAGAGAUAUGUAUUGAUGGUUACAUGUAUGUUUAUUGACAUUGUAAUGAAAAAUGGGGUACCGUGCUUGCAAAGAGGUCAGUGUAGAAAUGGAUUAAAAAGAGCGGUGAGAUUGUUUAAAAUUCACAACAUUUUUUGAAAUAUUGCAAAUUGAUGACCAUAAUAACAUGAAAAGAAUUUGACUUCAAUUUCCGAUCAUUUUAUCAAACACAUUGCAAUUGGGUAAAUAUGAACAUGCUGUCUGUGACUAGACUGGUCAGCAUUUGGUACAAAGAUGUUAACAUAAAAAGGGCAUGUGAACUUGCGAAACUUGCAUGUUAUAUUUGCUUUCCAGCGCUAGGGUUACAGGAAUACAUGCGCGCCUCAAAUUCUAAAAUUGUUGCUCUGUGCCUGCAUGCAUGGUACCACAUCAGCUGUGCCUUGUAAUAUUGUUCCUUUAUUAGUCCAUAGACUUUUUUGUUGUACAUGUUUCUUCAAAACAUUAAUUGAUAAUCAUGAUGUGUAAUCUCCAAGUCUGUAGAACAAGACAUGUGAAUGGUAGGCUAAUCAUUAUUGAAUGGCUGUAGUGCUAGAAUUGAGAAUGUACAAUUUUGUUUCAGAAAGAUGUUUAAGGAUAGUUACUUGUGCACAAAGUGAUAAGUAUUAUGCUAACUGCAACUUAGUUGAGCUUGUAUUAUUACCUGUUUUCAUUGAAAAUGAACUGUUCAUAUAUAACCAAAACAUGUUUUCUAAAAAUGUCAGCUUUAUUUUGACUACCUUUUAAAUUCAAUACAAGAUACCAGAUGUGUUUUUUUGGAGAAAUAUCUUAGAUUACAUGUGUUGAGAGUUAGUCAAGUUCUGUAACAAUCCAAGUGCCUUACUUUGUUGUAUUGUCUUUGUCCUUGGUGAUGGUGUUGAAACAAUGACCACAUUGAUUAUUCAUCAGUAAUGUAACUGUGAUAUAAAUGUGGAUGUUUGUACAAGUGUUUGUGAAAUGAUCUUUAGGGACCAUAAGUUCAUUCACUCAUUGUAUCUCUUAUCGGGAUGAAAGAUAACACUUAAAGGUGUAGUC